AUUUCAGAGAUCAGUACCUGUAGCUGCCCAUUUUUGAAUGCCUGCCCCGUGUCAGGCUCUGUGAAGCACUUUAUCUGCAUGAUCACAUUUAUUCUCCAUGAAUCUCUAGGGUAGUUUUAUCCCUUCUUUAUAGAUAGGACACUGAGUCUCAUGAUAAGUAAGUCCCCUGAGGUCACGCCGCUUCGGGACCUGCGAUUGAUAUACAAUUGCUGUGGCCAGGUCUUCACCACUCGUUUCUCAACCGACUAGAUGGAAGAGGCCUGAGACUACAGAUCAAGGGCUUGGCCUUAGGCAUCUGGCAGAACACAGUGCUUACUGCUGAACUGGGCAGUGGAUCCUGGAAAUACUGGGGGUAGUGCCUGCCAGAAGGUAGGAAAGUGGCCAGAGUGGUUGCAUGUAGCUCAUAGGACUUGAUCGGGCGUCUAAGAUUUGCAUUCUUCCUCAGACCCAUUCUGGGCAGUAGGUAGAGUUUAGCGUGUAUACAAAUGCCCUCUAAUCUGCUCUAAAUGAUGGCGCUUGGGAGUGGGUACUGACCGUGCUGUUGGGAGGAGUUCAGAGAUGGGCCAGGGCGAUGCACGUGGAAGUCGUACCUUGAGCCAAACCACAGAGCAGAAAAUUGGAGCAGAAUUAUAUAAAUCAAGGUCAGAAAUUUCCCGUCCAACCCACAGGGUGGAGUUUUCGCUAUUCCUAUCCAUCCUCCUGAAUAUAAACCCUGAUUUGAUGUCAGUAACUGGAAGGAGCAGCUGGUGGGACUCUCCUUUCAGCUCUCAGCAUUCACCAUGAAUCUCAAGGUAGUCCUCGUGUUCCUGGCACUGUCUCUCAUCACCAUCUUUGCCCUGGCCUAUGUCUUGCUGACCAGCCGUGGUGGCUCCAGCCUGCCUCCCCGCUGCCCCUCUGUAUCCCCCCGUGCCCAGCCCUGGACACACCCUGACCACAGCCAGCUGUUUGCAGACCUGAGCCGAGAAGAGCUGAUGGCUGUGAUGAGCUUCCUGACCCAGCAGCUGGGGCCAGACCUGGUGGAUGCAGCCCAGGCCCGACCCUCAGACAACUGCGUCUUCUCAGUAGAGCUGCAGCUGCCCCCCAAGGCUGCAGCCCUGGCCCACCUGGACAGGGGGAGCCCCCCACCUGCCCGGGAGGCACUGGCCAUCGUCUUCUUUGGCAAACAACCCCAGCCCAAUGUGACUGAGCUGGUGGUGGGGCCGCUGCCCCAGCCCUCCUACAUGCGGGAUGUGACCGUGGAGCGUCAUGGGGGCCCCCUGCCGUAUCACCGACGCCCUGUGCUGGCAACCGAAUCUGCCCAGAUGUGGAUGCAUCUGAAAGAGGUGGAGUUCCCCAAGGCGCCAGUCUUCCUGGCUUCUGUCUUCAACUAUAAUGGCUCCACUUUGGCGGCUCUGCAUGCCACCCCUCGUGGCUUGCGCUCAGGGGACCGUGCUACCUGGAUAGCCCUCUACCAUAACGUCUCAGGUGUCGGGAUUUUUCUUCACCCCGUGGGGCUCGAGCUACUGCUGGACCAUAGGGCUCUGGACCCUGGCUACUGGGCUGUCCAGCAGGUUUUCUACCUCGGCCACUACUAUGCAGACUUGGGUCAGUUGGAAUGGGAGUUUAAGGCUGGCCGGCUGGACGUGGUUAGAGUUCCUCUCCCCCUGCCAGAUGGGGCCUCAUCCCUCCGCUCCCGGGUCUCCCCAGGUCCUCUCCCACCUCUCGAGUUCUCACCUCAGGGCUCCCGGUACAGCGUCCAAGGGCACCUGGUGGAGUCUUUCCUCUGGACAUUUACCUUUGGCCAUGGGGCAUUCAGUGGCAUGAGAAUUUUUGAUGUUCGGUUCAAGGGUGAGCGAGUGGCCUAUGAAAUCAGUGUCCAGGAGUGUGUGUCUAUCUAUGGUGCCGAUUCGCCCAAGACCAUGAUGACCAGAUACCUUGAUAGCAGCUAUGGACUUGGCCGUCACAGCCGGGGCUUGGUGCGGGGAGUAGACUGCCCCUAUCAGUCUACCAUGGUGAACACCCACGUAUUGGUGGGUCAAGGGGCAGUCCAGCUGCUCCCAGGGGCUGUGUGUGUAUUUGAGGAGGCCCAGGGACUCCCCCUCCGAAGGCACCACAAUCAGCUUCAGAGUCAUUUCUAUGGUGGUUUGGCUGGCUCGGCCCUCGUAGUCAGGUCUGUGUCCUCUGUAGGCAACUAUGACUACAUUUGGGACUUUGUAUUGCACCCAAAUGGGGCACUCGAAGGGCGGGUCCAUGCCACGGGCUACAUCAACACAGCUUUCCUGAGCGGGGGAGAGGAGAGCCUCCUCUUUGGGAACCGCGUUGGGGAGCGAGUGCUUGGGGCGGUGCACACACAUGCCUUCCACUUCAAGCUGGACCUGGAUGUGGCAGGGCUGAAAAACUGGGUGGUAGCUGAAGACGUGGUGUUUAAACCUGUGGCAGCCCCUUGGAGUCCGGAGCACCAACUGCAGCGCCCACAGCUGACUCGGCAGGUCCUGGGAAGGGAGGACCUGACGGCUUUUUUCUUGGGAAGCCCCCUUCCCCGCUACCUUUACUUGGCUAGCAACCAGACUAAUGCCUGGGGUCAUCAGCGCGGGUACCGAAUCCAGAUCCACAGCCCUCUUGGCAUACACAUGCCGCUGGACAGCACCAUGGAGAGGGCCCUCAGCUGGGGGAGAUACCAGCUUGUGGUGACCCGGAGGAAGGAGGAAGAGUCCCAGAGCAGCAGCAUCUAUUACCAGAAUGACAUCUGGACAGCCACUGCGGCCUUUGCUGACUUCAUCAACAAUGAGACCCUCUUAGGAGAGGGCGAGGUUAGCUCUGGGACCAAACUACAGCUGCUAACAUGGAUGAGAAGCCUGUUAUUUGGGCCUGGGGCCAGAGACUGGGGAUUGCGGCUGAGGGGAGGUUCUCUGGGUCUUGCCUCCAAAAUCUCCAGCUCCUCCUCUUCCUGCAGGACCUGGUGGCUUGGGUUACAGCCAGCUUCCUGCACAUCCCCCACGCUGAGGAUGUCCCCAACACAGUGACUCUGGGGAACAGAGUUGGCUUCUUACUCCGACCCUAUAACUUCUUUGAUGAGGACCCCUCCAUCUUCUCCCCUGGCAGUGUCUACUUUGAGAAAGGCCAGGAUGCUGGGCUCUGUAGUGUGAAUCACGUGGCCUGCAUUCCCCGCCUGGCAGCCUGUGUCCCGGACCUGCCGCCUUUCUCUUACCAAGACUUGUAGCCCUGAGUGUAGAGAGGAACAUGGGCAGGGCAGGGUGGUGGUGGUGCUAAGACCUGUACCUUCCUUCCUAUUUCCACUUCCUGCUCUCCUGACACUCGACCCUUGGGAAAUAGCCUCCUACCACAUAAACCCCCAUAUACCCUGUUGGUAAACUCCUGUUUCUAGUUCAUUGUCUUAAAAAUGAUGAAUUUAUACAAAUGAUGCUGUUAUUAAAAUAUUCAGGCAAAAAAAAAAUCACAAAUCCUACCACUCAGAAAUAGCUGGUAUUCACAUUUGGUGAACGUUAUAUCAGACAUUUCUUUAUGUAUGUGCAUUGAAAUGGAAAAAUAGAAUUUUUUUUAAAACCUCAUGGUGUGUGUAAUUUAUAAUAAAGAGUAUUAUGAAAUUUU